AUGGCAGAUCCAGGAAUGAUGAGUCUGUUUGGAGAAGAUGGGAAUAUUUUCAGUGAAGGGUUGGAAGGUCUUGGAGAAUGUGGAUAUCCUGAAAACACGGUAAAUCCUAUGGGGCAGCAAAUGCCUAUGGAUCAAGGAUUUCCCUCUUUACAGUCACCUCUUCAUCAUCCCCCUGCAAAUCAAAAUCAAGCCAAGUUGACCCAUUUUGAUCACUAUAAUCAAUACGAACAGCAGAAAAUGCACCUGAUGGAUCAGCCGAACAGGAUGAUAAGCAGUGCCCCUGGGAACGGUAUCGCGUCUCCUCAUUCACAGUAUCACAACCCUCCAGUUCCUCAGGUUCCUCACAGCAGUGGUGCUGGUGGUCAGAUGGGAGUCUAUCCCAGCAUGCAGAAUGAAAGGCACGGGCAACCCUUCGUAGACAGUGGCUCCAUGUGGGGACCACGGGCAGUUCAAGUGCCGGACCAGAUAAGAGCACCCUACCAGCAGCAACAGCAGCAGCAGCCGCAACCGACGCAGCCGCCACAGGCGCCCUCCGGACCACCUGGGCAGGGCCAUCCUCAGCACAUGCAGCAGAUGGGAAACUACAUGGCUCGUGGUGAUUUUUCAAUGCAGCAGCACGGUCAGCCACAACAGCAGAGGAUGAACCAGUUUUCUCAAGGCCAGGAAGGCCUCAAUCAGGGAAACCCUUUUAUCGCCACCUCAGGACCUGGCCACUUGUCUCACGUGCCCCAGCAGAAUCCCAGUAUGGCACCUUCUUUGCGACACUCAGUCCAGCAAUUUCACCACCAUCCCCCCACUGCUCUCCAUGGAGAAUCAGUAGCCCACAGCCCCAGAUUCUCCCCUAAUCCUCCUCAGCAGGGUGCUGUUAGGCCGCAAACACUUAAUUUUAGUUCUCGGAGCCAGACGGUACCCUCACCUACUAUAAACAACUCAGGGCAGUAUUCUCGAUAUCCUUACAGUAACCUUAAUCAGGGAUUAGUUAAUAAUACAGGGAUGAAUCAGAAUUUAGGCCUUACAAAUAACACUCCAAUGAAUCAAUCUGUACCAAGAUACCCAAAUGCUGUCGGAUUUCCAUCAAACAGUGGUCAAGGACUAAUGCACCAGCAACCCAUCCACCCUAGUGGCUCACUUAACCAAAUGAACACGCAAUCUAUGCACCCUUCACAGCCUCAGGGAACUUAUGCCUCUCCACCUCCCAUGUCACCGAUGAAAGCAAUGAGUAAUCCAGCAGGUACGCCUCCUCCACAGGUUAGACCUGGUAGUGCUGGAAUACCAAUGGAAGUUGGCAGUUACUCAAAUAUACCCCAUCCUCAGCCGUCACACCAGCCCCCUGGUGCCAUGGGAAUUGGACAAAGGAAUAUGGGCCCCCGAAACAUUCAGCAGAAUCGUCCGUUUAUGGGUAUGUCUUCAACACCACGGGAGAUGGGUGGGCACAUGAGACCAAAUGGUUGUCCAGGUGUUGGCCUUGCAGAUCCACAAGCAAUACAAGAGCGACUAAUAUCUGGCCAGCAGCUUCCUAGUCAACAGCAAUCUUUUCAACAGCAAAUGCCAACCUGUCCUCCCAUGCAGCCUCAUCCAGGGAUACAUCAUCAGUCUUCACCACCCCCACAUCCUCAUCAUCAGCCUUGGGCACAGCUUCACCAGUCACCACAAAACACACCACAAAAAGUGCCUGUCCUUCAGCAUUCUCCAUCGGAACCCUUUUUAGAGAAACCAGUGCCAGAUAUGACUCAGGUUAGUGGACCGAAUACCCAGCUAGUGAAAAGCGAUGAUUAUCUGCCAUCAAUUGAGCCGCAGCCCCAGCAAAAGAAGAAGAAAAAGAAAAACAAUCACAUUGCUGCAGAAGGUCCCAGUAAAGGUUUUGGUAAGGAAGACUUUCCUGGGGGACUUGACAGCCAGAAUCUAAGCAGGAACUCAGUGGAUUGCUCCCAAGAAGAGAAGAAGAAAAAGAAAAAGCCUAAGGCAAAAAAAGAACCGAAGGAUCCUAAAGAACCCAAGGAGAAGAAGGAGCCCAAGACCCCCAAAGUCCCUAAGACGCCUAAAGAGCCAAAGGAAAAGAAAGCAAAAAGUACCACGCCAAAAGCCAAGACCAGCAAAAAGGCUAG